CAGUGAGUCACACGGGCGCGCGCGGGGACACGUGAACGCGCUGCGGUGCUGAUGAGAGAUCCGCCCGUGUCAUCUCCGUCUCAAUCCAGCCAAGAUGACUCUGCUGUUCAGUUUAAUGAUGAUGAUGAUGAUGAUGAUGGUGUGUGUGGCCACCAGCACUGUUGGGUCUUGUAAUUCUCAAGAAUGUCUGCAGUUUGAGCUGCUCUGCAGGACUGAAGAUUAUGAAGUUCGUCGGUACUCGGCCACACGGUGGAUCUCUACAGACGCUGAGGCGUAUUUUCUCGGUGUGGGAGCGGCGAUGGCUUUCAGACGACUCUACCAUUAUAUAUCAGGAGACAAUAAAGAGGGUGUAAAGUUUGAGCUGACGGCUCCGGUACUUGUUGAAGUUCCUGAGGAAAGGAAGAUGUGGGAACCAGCGAUCUACACGCUCAGCUUCCUGCUUCCAUCAGCCUAUCAGGAGAGACCGCCCACACCCACCAAUGACAAGCUGUAUUUCUCUGAUAUGCCCGAUAUGGACGUGUACGUGAGGUGUUACGGAGGCUGGAUGCUGUCAAUCACGUCUCAACUCCACGCCCACCUGCUGACCAAAGCACUGCUCAGAGCGAACGCACAAUAUAACCACACACACCACUACGCUGUGGGCUACGACAGUCCUCUGAAGUUGUUGAACAGACACAAUGAGGUGUGGUACGUGGUUGAGGGAGAUCCAGUGUGUGGACACAAUCUCACAUCAAACCCAGCUGAUGCACACUAAACAGGGAUCGAGUGGAGACAAACUUCCCUGUGCAUGUGUAUGCUGGUAAUUUAAUCAAUAUCAUUGUUAAUAAAAUCGUAAAACAGUCUCCAAACACCUGUGUGAAACUUUAAAUGUACUGUCCGUAUAUACUGGCUUGGAAAUAUACAAUAUUCAAAGGCAGCAAGUGAAUCAUAAAGAGUAGUUGAUUGUCUCUUUGUCACAUGGAGUACGUCACAUGAUAGUUAUUAAUAAUCAGCAUCAUGUAUUUCUGCUUCAUAAAAUUUGAACAUGUGUUUAAUGUAUUUGCUGUAUGUUACGAGUUUUGCAGAACUGUCUUGUGAAUGUGGUUAAUAAA